AUGUCUUACGAAUACGACAGCCGGUACCACCACCGCCCGCGCCAUGACUCGCACUAUACAUCAAGAGAGACGGACCCCUACGGCUAUGCGAGGAGCGAUAAGACUCUAGCUGAGGCGCGCGAGCAGCUGGCAGACAUGCGCCAGAGCAAUCCAUACACAUCGUCCUACACUCCGUCCUACAACACCUACACCUAUGAGCCCCGCACUUCUCCACCCCUGCCACCUCGACGACCCGCGCCGCAUUCGUACAGGUCGCACAGGCAGGAGCAGACAUGGCCGCCGUCACCGAGCGUCGAGGACGAGAGGGAGGCGCUAGCAAAAGAGGCGCCGUCCUCCGUGGGGUCGUCAGGGCAGGCCGAGGGUGAGCCGCCGAGCAACACGCGGGGCACCGUCGACCAAGACUCCCUGCUCGACGAGAUUGAGCAGCCGAGCGUCGCACAACACGACCGCCGCUAUGUGCUUGUUUCCGAAUCGAGCACCGAUGACGAUGGCAGCACGCUUCGGGACCGGCGCCGGCGCAGCUUUGCUGACCGUGGGGGCAUGUCGCACAUCAACACCGACGUCCCAGACCCUCCCGUCUUUACUGAGCGCGUGAGGGCGCCCUAUGGCUACUCGAAGCCCCAGAAGGAGUCUACCGCGCCCUCGCCUGCAGACUACAUGCGCUCGCCAGAACCAAUCACGCCUUCGAACAGCAGCCAUCCCAGGCCAGAUGCGAGCAGACCGUCGAGACCGAUGCCAACUGAAAGCCGACACAAUUCCUACACGUCGCCGGCGUCAAAGAAAGAAUACGUGUUCGACUCUGACUCUGACUCCGAAGCGCACAGCACGACCCACCUGCGAACCGAACGAAAGCCCGCGCGGUACAGCUUCGUGAAGAGCGACCUGCAAAGGGAGGACCUGAGGACAAACCUGCGCGAUACACAGGAGAGGCCCGAGCCGCGUCGACACGACUCCGGGCAGCGUCCUCUGCCGACGAUACGUAAGGGUGAUUCGUCAGGCUCGUACAAGGAGUACCCCAAUGCUGAGUCGCCGCGGUCGUCUUCGUCUUCGGUGCACAGCACGCGGCGAUCGAGGCCUGUGCCCGUAGAUACUGUCUAUGCUAACAGCUCACGCCCGCUGUCCAGACCAAGCUCGCCAUCGUAUCGAGCGCCCUCGCCUCAGCUGCCUACCCGACUGCGAGACUCCCCUCCAGGCUCUCGACCAUCGUCCCGCGGUGGCCCUCGGCCAACCUCUCCGCUCGCUUCUUCGUUCCAACCUUCUUCGCCCGGCCGCGGUCGCGGACCCGUAUCCGAGUCAGAUUGGCACUCCACCUAUCCUCCAGCACCUUCCGACGACAGGUCAAGACAACCCUCUCGAUAUGGCCGACAUGACACCAUGCCACUCCCGAGGCCUCGCAUCGAUGUGCACAGUCCAUCUCCCGCGAGGCAAUCCACAGGCGACUCUUUGCCAUAUCCCAUCGACGACCAGCUCAUUGACGUCUUUAUGCCACCCGAAGAGCACUAUCAAUUCGAUCAUUCCACCGUCUGCUCACCGAGGCAAAGCUACGUUGACAUCCCGAGAGCGACGUCGCCGGCAAUUCCUAGCUCGCCGUACACGCGAGAUCUACCUUCCCGGGCUAGGAGGCAAGACACAGAGACAUUGGAGGAGCCUUCACGACCAAGGAGGUCCAGGUCGGGUAGUUUCCGCUCUCACGAUGGCCGCCGUGACAGGUCAUCUCGAAGGACUGCUUCAAUGGACAGAAAACUUCCAGACUGCCCAAGACCUUACAAAUCUGGGCCUUACGAUGAUUGGUACGCGCUCCAAGACAACAAGAACUUCAACAUUUGCCCUAGUUGUUACGAGGGUGUCUUCGCCGGUACACCCUUCGACGUGGACUUCAAACAGGUAUGGCUGAACGACUAUUCGUUGGAGCGGAGCUGUGAUUUCAGCAGCCCAUGGGCACGUCUUGCGUGGCUGUUGACGCUUCAGCGAGGUCGCAAAUCGCUCGAUCUGAUCAACGCAAUUGCAGGUGUCAUGGACACAGUAGCCAAACCGUGUCCUGGAGAUCGUGAGGCUGGUGCAGAAGACCGCAUUAGCUGGUACGGCAUUACAAACCCACGCGACGGUACCCGUGUAGCCAACUUUGCUAUAUGCUCGAGCGAUAGGAGGAUGCUUGAGGCCUUGCUGCCUUCUCUUCGUGGUUGCUUCGCUAAGAUGCCGAAGGACGACAGGCACGUAUGCAGCUUGCGUACGAGCUCAACCCGCUUCCCAAAGUAUUUGGAUCUGCUCGUCGAGCUAGAUGUCGAGGCUGAGUUGUCCGGUCAACUCCCUGAUCUGAGCCGCUUCGUCCUAUUGCUCCGCGAGAAUUCCUACAAAGGCGAGUGCCAAAGGUACAAGAUCUUGUUCCGCAAACCAUGGCACUUCAUCCCUUCGCUGCCAGAGUUCACAGUCUGUGAGCAAUGCUACGACGAGCUCAUCUGGCCCGCCACACAAUCCAGAUCCACGUCAUCGUCCAUACCGCACAUGUUCAACAAGUCGAUCCAGCUAGUCCCUGGUGAAGAUCCUGAUGUCGGGUCCAGCUGCUGUCUGUGGAGUCCAAGGAUGCGCGACGUCUGGAAGGAAGCUGUCAGAUACGACGACUUUUCUUACCUGAAGGACACAGCGAAAGAGAGAAAGAGGGCAGAGUCCAAGUAUAUGAAAAACAGAGUACGCAUCAUGACGUGGAUGGGCGACGCGGAAAAGGGGACUAGGAAGUGGAAGGAAGCUGAGGAUGCGAUGAGGGAGCUAAAAAAGACGCCCCAAAAAGAAGAGAUGCCAACACCCGGCGAGCGUCAGAAAACCGUCGCCCAACCCGUCCUUACGCGGGAUCAAUACCGCAUACGCAAGUUGACCAAGGAGAACGCGAGACUCAGAUGGGAAGUCAAGGAAAGGGAUAGCAGGAUUUCUUCGCUGGUAGAAUGUCAAGAUGCUUUGAAGGAAGACUUGGCUGCUGAAAAGAAGAAUGCGAAGGCCUACAGAGAGCGGUUGAUGUUCGAGAAGCGGGACGUGGAUGACUUGGAGGCGGAGUUGCGAACCGCUAGGAGGAAACUGAACAGCCUGCGUGUGUCACUUCUUGAUACUGACGACGAGCGUAAUUGGUCCGACUGGGAGGUGGAUGAACAGAAUGAGGAGUAG